AUGUACGACAUCGUCCUCCUCGGAGCAACGGGCUAUACCGGCUCCCUUUGCGCCACAUUCAUCGUGGAAAACUUCCCAUCCACCUUGAAAUGGUGUAUCGCUGGUAGAUCAGCUACUCGUCUGGAGAAGCUAGUCAAGGACCUAACGGCUCAGAGCCCCGACAGACUACAGCCUGCAAUUGAGACUGUUGAGAUCAACACAACCAGCCUUGAGCCGCUUGUCAAAAGCGCUAAAGUGAUCAUCAAUGGUAUAGGGCCUUACCAUAAGUUGUCGACGCCAGUUGUGGACGUGUGUGCCCGGGUAGGGACGCACUAUGUUGAUUUCACCACGGAGACACUAUGGAUCAGAGACAUGAUUGAAAAAUAUCACAAAUUAGCACAGGACAGUGGAGCUAUAAUAAUCCCCGGCAUAUCUCCGUCUGGUGUCUCAGAUAUUCUUGCAUGGCUACUUGUGAAGAAAAUCCGAGAGACUUUUGGUCAGAAUGUAUCCGAGAUCGUCUGCUCGGGUAAACUGGACAUCAAAGCCAUGACGGGCGGUUCUCUCACGACUGUUCUAGAUGUCUUUUCAACUUACGGAACCAGCUGGUUCCUCUGCCCCUCUCCUUCAAUUUUGUCUCCAAAACCUCAGGUUUCCCCGAGAACUAUUCCAAAGGAACCACUGGUCACUCGUCUGUUCGGGUAUCGCCAUUCACCGGAGCUUGGCCAUUUGACGACUUCAUUCAACGGCUCUGGAAACGAAGCCAUCGUCUAUCGCAGCGCCAGCCAAAAUCCUAAUCUCUAUGGGGCAAGUUUUCAAUUCAAGGAGUAUUUGCCAGCUCCUGGAGUAUUCGGUGCCAUUCUUAUCCAUUUCCUAACGAAACUACUUGUUGUCUUCUUGUCAAUCAGCCCUAUCCGUGCUCUCAUCAAAGCCCUGAUUGCUGGGAAAAUGGAUCUCAAUCCCGAUAUUACCCAACUACGCAGCAAAGAAAGCGUCGAAUUCCACGCCGUCGGCAAAGUUCAGGAUUCUUCGGACUUUCGCGCCUGGGCAUCGUUUACGCGCAAGGGUGCGUUGUACGAGUUUGCGGCGCUGAUGAGCUGCGUUGGAGCGGGUGUUUUACUGGAAAAACAUUCUAAGAGUGGAAAGUCUGAGGAGAAGAACGAUAGGUUGAAGGGUGUUGUUACUCCGUCUGCGUUGGGGAUGAAGUUUGUUGAGAGAGUGAGGGAUGCAGGCAUUGAGGUCAAUGUAGGUUUGUUGGAUCGGUGA